UACAUGUGCUUCCGUGCUGCACGCGGUUAGAAAUCGCGUUCGAGAAUAAAAAUCAAAGAAAUUGGUUUCCCGUGUCCUAUCGACCGUGACGUUUUAAUAAAGUGAUAAUUUACAGAGGACACUCCACAAUGUCUAUCUACAAUUUCAAGAAAAUAGCGGUUGUCCCCACCGCAAAGGAUUUCAUCGACAUAAUAUUAUCAAAAACACAACGUAAAACUCCAACAGUCAUUCACAAGAAUUAUAAAAUUGCAAGGAUACGCUCUUUCUAUACGCGCAAAGUGAAGUUUACACAGCAAAAUUUUCACGACAGACUGUCCCAAAUAAUACAAGAAUUUCCAAAGCUUGACGAUGUCCAUCCAUUUUAUGCCGAUCUAAUGAACGUUUUGUACGAUAAAGAUCAUUACAAAUUAGCCCUUGGUCAGAUAAACACAGCAAGACAUUUGAUUGACAAUGUGGCAAAGGAUUACGUGCGGUUAAUGAAAUAUGGAGAUUCUCUGUAUCGGUGUAAGCAACUUAAAAAGGCUGCAUUGGGCCGUAUGGCCACCAUUAUGAAGAGGCAGGGAGCAAAUUUAGCAUAUUUGGAACAAGUUCGUCAGCAUUUAGCCCGUUUGCCUAGUAUAGAUCCUUACACACGCACUAUUAUAAUCUGUGGCUUUCCAAACGUUGGUAAAAGCAGUUUCAUAAACAAGAUUACACGUGCUGAUGUUGAAGUACAGCCAUAUGCAUUUACAACAAAAUCGCUAUAUGUUGGUCACACAGAUUAUAAAUACUUAAGGUGGCAGGUAAUCGACACGCCCGGAGUUUUAGAUCAUGCGUUAGAGGACCGAAAUGUCAUCGAAAUGCAAGCAAUAACAGCAUUAGCACAUUUGCGAGCAGCUGUACUUUAUUUCUGCGACAUAUCGGAGCAAUGUGGCCAUACGUUAGAAGAGCAAGUUAAAUUAUUUGAAUCUAUUAAACCUCUAUUUGCCAACAAGCCUUUGACAGUUGUCGUAAAUAAAGUGGACGUUUUACGUUUGGAAGAACUUUCGCUGGAAAGGCAAACACUCCUAAAGUCAUUGGAAGAUAAGGAGAUACCUGUAUUAGAAAUGAGUACGAUGACAGAUUUCGGAGUAAUGGACGUUAAAAUACAGGCUUGCGAACGUCUGUUGGCAUAUCGCGUUGAUCAAAAGAUACGAACGAAGAAGGUGGAAGGACUGCUUAAUCGUUUACACGUCGCGCUACCACAACCAAGGGACGAUAAAGUUCGUGCACCUUGUAUACCAGACAGUGUAUUGAAGAAGAGGCAAGUGGUUGCCGAGCAGGUAAACAAACGCAAACUGGAGCGCGAAAUAGAAGAAGAAAUGGGAGACGAUUAUGUGCUUGACUUGAAGAAGAAUUACGACAUCGAAGGAGAUCAGAAAUAUGAUAUUAUUCCCGAAAUCUGGGAGGGACAUAAUAUCGCCGAUUACAUUGAUCCGGAUAUAUUCGAGAAAUUGAAUGAACUCGAGAGGGAUGAACAGCUUCGGGAGGAAGCAGGCAUGUACGACUACAAGGUACCUGAGUUGUCCGAUACAAUGAAGGAGAUCGUGCAGUUGGCUAAGCAAAUUCGAGAGACGAAAGCAAUUAUGAAAGAUGAGGCGAAAAUUCAAAAAGCUUCAACAAAACCUGUGAUGCCGCGUACAACCAUGGCCAGAGGACGAGAUAGAUCAGUAGGGAAGCUGAAGGAGCAAAUGGAAGAUCUGGGUAUCGACAUGGAAGGGACCGAAGAUGCACACUUUACUAAAACGAGAGGACGCUCGAGAUCGUUGUCGCAACCAGCUAGGAAACGUAUGCGUUUGGAAUCGGUUUCCCAGUCCCGAGCUCGAAGCAGCUCGAGACCAGCCCGUGACGAGAUGGGCGUUAAAGAUGUUGCAAUGAAAACGAAACUGAAGAACAUCGCGCAUAAAGCUUUGAAGAAGAAGAUUGCGAAGAAGGGUUUGAAGGGAGAAGGGGAUCGAUUCAUCGGCACGAAGAUGCCGAGACAUUUGUUCUCAGGGAAGAGAGGCGUCGGCAAGACGGACAGAAGAUAAUGAUAUUUACUUUUUGCUAUUUCAUUCUAGCAGAUUAUCAUUGAGGUUUCUCGCCGGGAC